AUCUCAUCCAAUUUUAUUAUCCGAACAAGGGAGUGCGCAACUUCCGAGCUCACCGAGGUCGCCGCAGCUGCAACAAUGGCGACCGCAGCGGCGAGCUUCGUCCCCGUCGCCUCUCUUCUUCUUCCUCCCCCCUCCUCCUCCUCUGGAAGAAGAGGAAACGCCAUGGGGAGCUCCUCCUCCUCUUCGUCGUUUCACUCGUCGCUUCGAUCCCCUCCCCUCUCCUCUCCUUCGACUCGGCUCCGCUCCGACGCGCGGCAGCGCCGCCGCAGCGGCUUCGCGGUGGCGUGCGUUUCUCCGACGCACGAUCCCGCGUCCUCCGCCGCCGCCACCAAGCUUUACGUUAGUGGUCUUUCUUUUCGUACCACUCAAGAGAGUCUUCGGAAUGCUUUCGAAAAAUUUGGUCAGCUUGUGGAAGUGAACCUUGUGAUGGAUAGAGUAGCAAAUAGACCCAGGGGCUUUGCAUUUCUCCGUUAUGCCACUGAGGAGGAAUCUAAGAAGGCCAUUGAGGGAAUGCACGGAAAGUUCCUGGAUGGCAGAGUUAUAUUCGUUGAAGUUGCAAAACCACGAUCCGAGCUGCGCCGAAGUCCCAAGCAAAGCCCAAGGAGCUCCUCUUUCUUUAUUGGGAAGGAUUGGGGAACUUAGCAUAUUUGCAUUCACCUUCAUCUUGCCAUAUUUCUACAAAAGUCCUGUGCUGUUAUCACGUUAAAAUGUUAACAAUUUAUUUACAGAAUGUUUAAAACCCGAAGGUUUUGUAGCAUUUGAUGAACAGUAUAAUAUUCAAAUGGUUUGUCCUAAGUUGUUUGGAUGUGAAUAUAUCUCAGUAUUAGAUC